AUGGCCUCUGUGCAAAAAAGGCAUACAUAUUAUGGGAACCCUGUGUCCCGCCCAACGAACGGUACCGGGGACAAUAGUCUGCCUCGGGACACGUCGAGCAACAGUAUAGGCACCCGAAGUCGGAAGCGGAAUGUCACCUUCGGGCCGUACAUUGUAGGUUCUACUCUGGGUGAAGGUGAGUUUGGGAAGGUCAAAAUGGGAUGGACGAGGCCUGUCACGGACGGCAAUGUGGGACCUUCACAGAGGACGCCAAGACAGGUUGCGAUAAAACUGAUUAGAAGGGACACGAUAGUGCGGAACUCGGAUAAAGAAACAAAGAUAUACAGGGAGAUCAAUGCGCUGAAACACCUCACGCAUCCGAACAUAAUUGUCUUGGAAGAGAUUUUGCAGAAUUCGAAAUAUAUAGGCAUUGUGCUCGAGUACGCCUCCGGUGGGGAGUUCUACAAGUACAUCCAGAGGAAGAGACGGCUCAAGGAGGUGAACGCGUCCCGCUUGUUCUCCCAGUUGGUAUCCGGGGUGCACUACAUGCAUUCGAAGGGACUGGUGCAUCGGGAUUUGAAACUGGAGAACUUGCUGCUUGACAAGAACGAAAACCUUAUGAUAACAGACUUUGGGUUCGUCAACGAGUUCUCCAACGAGAAUGUGCUGAUGAAAACGUCUUGUGGGUCCCCCUGCUACGCGGCACCUGAACUAGUGGUCAGCAGAGAGGCGUACGUCGGUGUCAAAGUGGAUAUAUGGUCCUGUGGCGUCAUCCUAUACGCUAUGCUCGCAGGGUACUUACCUUGGGAUGAUGAUCCAAGCAACCCCAAUGGUGACGAUAUAUCGAAAUUGUACUCGUACAUCACUGCGACGCCGCUUAAAUUCCCGGACUACGUAAACCCGCUGCCGAGGGACCUGUUGAGGAGGAUACUUGUUGCUGACCCGAGACGGAGGUAUACUCUGGGUCACAUCGAAAAUCAUGAAUGGCUGUUACCGCGCAGGGAAUUUCUAUCAGUAUCACCCUCAGACUGGGACAAUAUCAUGAAGCUUAAAAAUGACAAAUCUGCCCUUGAGAGAAAUUCACCGGUAACAGGGUCAAGACCCAGCUCAAUGGUACGCAUAGACCCGGGGAAACCUUUCCCUCGAAAUCUUUCCUCGAACGGCACGGCGAGACAAACCGCGCUGGAGACAUUACAGGAAAAUGGCACGCAGCCUCCGAGGGCGAUAAAGCAGCAUUCAGCGGCAGUGGUAGUCCCCCGAGAACAAGCAUCUGCAGUGGUCAGAGAUCGGCUGCCCCUAGCGGCUCAUAAUAAACCAAGACCCACAACUUUGCAUAUAACAGUGACGCCGUCGCUGGUUGCCUCACAUGGCAAGACUGACAACAUAGCAGAGGCGACCCCUCCUGGAGACACAGUCACUCGAUCGACCAGAUCGUACUCGAAACGCAGCCUCUCUGGUCAUGAGCCGGUCUCAACGACCGUUGGUGUUGUCGAUAAAGAGAAUACUGUGAAUGGCACUUUGGCUACUGCUACUGCACAUGCUGCGGCACAAGGUGCCCCCUUGGUCGUGACUCCAUUGAGCACGGGUGCGCCGCAUAAAGAGGGAAAGCCCUCGCAGACGCGGGACCCGAUCUCAAGGAUACAUGACAAUGAUCCCGAUGCAAUGGCAAAGAAGCGGUUCAGUUUCAUGUCGUUUUACUCGUCGUACAGUUCCAGCAAGUCGAAUGUGCGUGUCGAUGACGAUGUCAAAGAUACUCACACCGCAAGAGAAAUCCGCACUGAAUCGGGCUCCUCCCAUGCUACUAGGCACCCGAACAGAUCGUCCAUCAUGGUUUCUCAGAUGGCAAAUGACGGUAGAGUACGGGACGCGUCCGCAACGCUCAGUAAAGAGGAGAAACGGCAAUCAACUGCCCGUAAAGUCAUCAAUUUUUUCAAGAGGAGAAGCACCCGUAUGUAA